GGGUAAGGGGUGUAGUGGCACUGUUCGGAUGUUACUGAGGUGUCUGGGAGGGGAAAGGAGAGGAAUGUUUGGAUUACAGAUCUUGUGAGAUAACUUUUUAUUUGUAGGGGGUGAAUUGAUCAGAAAGAUAGGCAGAGGGAAGUGCUCGGAGGUUUAUGAAGGGAUAGAUGCUGAGAAUGAUAGCAGAAUAGUAGUAAAGAUUUUCAAGUCAGUAAAGGAUGAGAAGAUUAGAAGAUAGAUUAAAAUUUUGAAUGAUCUUAAGGGAGGAACUAGUGUGAUCCAGCUCCUUGAUGUUGUUAAGGAUGAAACCUCAGGCGCUCCUGCUCUCAUCAGUGAAUUUGUUGAUACAGGUGAUUAUGACUUGAGAGAGCUUUACUCAACUUUCACAGAUUUUGAUACUCGUUACUAUAUGUAUGAGAUUCUGAAAGGGCUUGGUUAUUGCUACUCACAAGGAAUAAUUCAUAGAGAUAUCAAAACUCACAAUAGCUGAAAUGAAUUACUCUUCUUCCUGUAAAGCUCUUGUCUCAAGGUUCUGAUAUAAAGCUCCAAAUCAGUCUCAAGCAUAUGCAUUAGUGAUGAAGCAGAUGGCAAGGGACAAA